GCGGAAGUGGCGAAUCGGUUGCUACUAUGGGAUCUCUGAAAAAAGCUAAAGAAAAUCACUCGUUUCCAAGUGGGAUGAAUUCAGUUCAAGCAAGCGUACAAAAAGGUCCAUCUCAGCUCAAGACAUAACUCAACAUCUAAGUGUAAGAAGAAAACGGAAAAACCCUGAUCAGAGUCUAGGUGAAGAAUGGAUGACUGAACACACAUCUGACAUUGAACCCAUGGCUGACAAAGUCAUCUCUGCUCUUAGGAAUGAUGUGAACAGUAAUGUUUUGUUUCUUGGAAAGCACAUUUCUCACACUUGGACUGAAAGUAAUGGUACUGACACAGUUUACAGUGGCAAAGUAACCAGGCUUCUUUCUGGAACUGAUGGAACAGAGACCGCUUCUUAUGCAUUGAUAUAUGAUAACCAGGAUGAUAUAUCUGAUUCUGACUCAGAAGAAGUUAUCUUAUCUUACUCAGAACUGAUGGAAGACUUCAAAUCAAAUACUUUGACAAUAUUAUAAAUGUCACCCUAAACAGGAAUAUAAAAGGAAAUUCAUUGUAUAUGACAAAUAACAUUAAACAUUGGAUUGGCAUGUACAGUAUCUGGAAAUAUUAGCAGACUUUUAACUCUACAGGAGAUAAGGAUACCAAAGUGCUUCUAAAAA